CUCUCUGGUAGCAGACUCUAUAAGAUUUGGAUAUGUCCUUCAUAUUUGACUGGAUUUACAGUAGUUUCAGCAGUGUGCUACAGUUUUUAGGAUUAUAUAAGAAAACUGGUAAAUUGGUAUUUCUUGGAUUGGAUAAUGCAGGAAAAACAACAUUGCUACACAUGCUAAAAGAUGACAGACUUGGACAACAUGCCCCAAUGUUACAUCCCACUUCCGAAGAAUUAACCAUUGCUGGCAUGACCUUUACAACUUUUGAUCUGGGUGGACAUGUUCAAGCUCAAAGAGUGUGGAAAAACUACCUUCCUGCUAUCAAUGGCAUUGUAUUUCUGGUGGAUUGUGCAGACCAUGAAAGACUGUUAGAAUCAAAAGAAGAACUUGAUUCACUAAUGACCGAUGAAACCAUAGCUAAUGUGCCUAUACUGAUUCCUGGGAAUAAGAUCGAUAGACCUGAAGCCAUCAGUGAAGAGAGGCUGCGAGAGAUGUUUGGUUUACAUGGGCAGACAACAGGAAAGGGCAGUGUAUCUCUGAAAGAACUGAAUGCCCGGCCCUUAGAAGUGUUCAUGUGCAGCGUGCUCAAGAGGCAAGGUUACGGGGAAGGUUUCCGCUGGAUGGCCCAGUACAUUGAUUAAUGACAGCCUGCAUCAGUUCCAGGUCUCACCAUUCAGGCCUACUCAGAGAUUUGCUCACUCAACAUGCAUAACUUGAAUUCAAUAGACUUUUGUUGGUUAGAAAAUAGAUGUUUUUUAGAUUAUUAAUAUUAUAUCAACUUAAUUUGAGUGCAAAUUGAAAACGGAUUCAAUGUAAGUUUGAAUAUCACAACGUUAGCUUUCUAAUUCCAUAAAAAUAAUUAGUUUUUACAGUUUAUAAUCUGACAUUACCCCCGGCGCCAUUUGUAUAGAACAACUUUCCAGCAGUACAUUUGAAGCACUUUUUAACAAUGUGAAACUACAAAUAUAAACCAUAUUUAAAAGCU